UUGAAAGAACAUUUUUUUUUUUCUUCUUUUCCUUUUUUUUCCCCCUCAUUUGAACCAUUCCACCAAAUGUGUAUUGUGUCAGAGGGGGUAUUUCAUUUUCCUUGUUCUUGAAUCCUCCCUCUCCUCCUAUUUUCCUCUUCCUAUCCUCAUAUUUAUCCCAUUUUAUAUUUGACUAUUUGCCUUUUUUCCACUUUCUCUUUUUGGGGUCCCUCUUUGUUGCUGUAUUCUUUUAAGGUUGUGUGUGAAUAUUGAUAUAAUAUCUAUAUGCUAAUAAUCUACAUUUUAUAUAGUUUCUUUCUUUGAAUUCUUGGAUAUCCAUUUGUGAGAAAGCUCUUUUUUUUUUUAAUUUGAAUUAUAAUUUUCAGUUUUUGCAAUUUAAUGCUAUAAAAAAAUUUCUUUUUUUUUUUUUUUUUUUUUUAUUCUUGGAUAUCCAUUUGUAAAAAAAGCUCAAUUUUUGCAUUUUAAUGCUAAAAAAAUGGAUUUUCUUUGAAUUCUUGAAUAUCCAUUUGUAAAAAGCUCAGUUUUUACUAUUUGAUGCCAAAAGAGCCUUUCUUUGAAUUCUUGGACACCCAUUGGUAAAAAAAGUUAAAAGUUUUUGCAAUUUAAUGCCAAAAGAAUUGGCCUUCCUUUGAAUUCUUGGAUUCCCAAGUUCAGUUUUUGCAAUUUAAUGCUAAAAAAUAUGGCCUUUCUGUGAAUUCUUGGACACCCAUUGGCAAAAAGAUUCAUUUUUUAUACUUUGUUUGACAAUUUCUUUGGUGUAAAAUCCACAAAAUGUAUGGAACUCAUAGCAAGAGAGACAUGGAUAUUGAGUAUCAAUCUCAAGUUCCAAUUUUGAGACCAAGUAUACAUGCUAGAAGGGCAAAAAUAACUGUAAAAUUUCAAGAUCUAUAUGGAUUUACAGUUGAAGGGAAUGUUGAUGAUGUUAAUGUAUUGAAUGAGGUUAGGGAAAAAGUUAGGGAGAAAGGGAAAGUUUGGUGGGCAUUAGAAGCUAGUAAAGGUGCAAAUUGGUAUUUACAAACUCAUGUUAGCUCAACACUAAAAACAUCCUUGAAAUUUUCAGCUUUGGUGAAUGCAAUUACUCUCAAGAAACUUAUUAGGAAAGGGAUUCCACCUGUUUUGAGACCUAAGAUAUGGUUUUCACUAUCAGGAGCUGCUAAGAAGAAAUCGACCGCACCGGAUAGUUAUUAUGAGGAUUUAACUAAGGCUGUACAGGAUAAAGUCACACCUGCUACCAAACAGAUUGAUCAUGACCUCCCACGAACCUUUCCUGGUCAUCCCUGGUUGGACACUGCUGAGGGUCAUGCUGCCCUUAGACGGGUCCUUGUUGCCUAUUCAUUCCGUGAUUCUGAUGUUGGCUACUGCCAGGGAUUAAAUUAUGUUGCAGCACUAUUAUUGCUGGUGAUGAAAACUGAAGAAGAGGCGUUCUGGAUGAUUGCUGUCCUUCUAGAGAAUGUGUUGGUCAGUGACUGUUAUAAUAAGAACUUAUCUGGAUGUCAUGUUGAGCAAAGAGUGUUCAAGGAUCUUAUUAACCAAGAAAUGUCCAAGUACAGGAUAGUCGCUCAUUUGGAUGCACUGGAGUUCGAUGUUUCUCUUGUUUGCACCGAGUGGUUUCUCUGCCUUUUCGCCAAAAGCUUGCCUUCUGAGACAACCUUGCGAGUCUGGGAUGUCCUUUUCAAUGAAGGUGCAAAUCUUCUAUUUCAUGUGGCAAUGGCAAUUUUUAAGAUGAACGAAGAAGAGUUGCUGACCGUGCAUCAUGUUGGCGAUGUAAUUCAUAUAAUCCAGAGAUGCACACAUCAACUUUUUGAUCCUGAUGACUUGUUGACGGUUGCCUUUGAUCAAAUUGGAUUUAUGACAACCACUACUAUAUCAAGACAGAGAAAAAAGCAGGAACCGGCAGUCAUGGCAGAGCUCGAUCAGAGACUAAGGCGGUUAAAUUCCAUAAAAGCGGACGAUGAACAAUAGUUUUUAUGAUGGAAACUUAGUAGUUGUAGUAUAUAUAUAUGCAUACACAUAUGUAUCUCUGUAAGGGCAUGCUGCCCUUUUAGGAAAUCAACUUUUUUGCUCAUAAAGCAAUGAGCUAGACAGCAGCUUGAGAGUCCUCUUGUGUUUAUUUAUGUUGUAGAUCUUCAAAAGUGUAAAUUUUGAACUGUUGUAUGCUAAUCCUAUAUUCUUUCCCCUUGUUUACUUAAUUCAGUUUUGCAUACUUUCAGGAAUGAAA